AUGGGGAUGGAGAAAGUAGGAGGCAAAGGAAAGGAUAGUAGCGACUCUAAGAAAAGGGGCCGGCGAAGGCAAAAAAAGGUGUCAACGGUUCAGAAACUGUAUGAGACUUGCAAGGAAGUGUUUGCCAAUUGUGGGCCUGGAAUUGUUCCAUCACCAAGUGAUGUUGAACGGCUGAAGUCAGUUUUGGAUAGCAUGACAGAGGCCGAUGUUGGCCUGAGCCCAAAUAUGCCAUUUUUCAGGGCAAAAGAGACUGAACGAGUUCCUAGAAUAACAUAUCUACACCUUAAUGACUCUGCCAAAUUCCAGAUUGGGAUUUUCUGCUUGCCGCCUUCAGGAGUCAUUCCACUCCAUAACCAUCCUGGAAUGACGGUUUUUAGUAAACUUCUCUUCGGAGACAUGCACAUCAAAUCCUAUGACUGGGUGGGCGAUGCGUCGCAUGGCAUAGUUCUCAAUGAGAAUCCUUCAAACAGUAUGUUCUUCAUGAAGCUGAAUCAUAAAUUGUUGUGCUGUUGUCUGGAUUCUGUGAUUUGAUCAAGACUUUAAAUCCUGCCUUUUGUUUGGUAUUUUGAAUGUAAGCUAGCUGCAUGAAUCAGAUUAAGGGUCUAGAGAAACUAGUGGUUUUGUCAGCCUCCAUCUGUUGGUUUUUUGAAUGGAUAUCAUUCAGUGAGUUAAUCUUGAAGUUUGUGUUCCGUCAUCAAAUGUAUUUCUCUAAUUUCAGUUCUAGUCAGAUAUUUCUGUUUCAGUCCACCACCCUCCC